CAUAUCUACUGAAUAAAAAUAUACUAGUAACAAAGAACCAUAACAUUACUAGCAUCAAUGGAGGAGAUUGACAGAGAAGCAACAAAAAAUGAAAUAAACUAUAGAGGAAUCAGAGCCAUGCCCUUUGUCAUAGGGAAUGAAACAUUUGAGAAGUUGGGAACAAUUGGAAGCUCAUCAAAUCUCUUGGUUUACUUGACAAGUGUUUUCCAUUUGAAGACCAUAACAGCUACUAAUAUUGUCAACAUCUUCAAUGGCACUUGCAACUUUGGCACCUUGCUUGGAGCUUUUCUAUCUGAUACUUACUUUGGUCGUUACAACAUCCUUGGAUUUGCCUCAGUGUCUUCCUUCUUGGGAAUGCUAGUUCUGACAUUAACAGCAGCAGUCUCGAAGCUUCAUCCACCUAUAUGUGGAAACCAAGAACCUGCACCAGUAUGUGUUGGUCCAACACCAGGACAAAUGACAUUUUUACUAGUAAGCUUUUGUUUGCUAGUAAUUGGUGCUUCUGGCAUAAGGCCAUGUAACUUAGCAUUUGGAGCUGAUCAAUUUGAUCCCAAAAGUGAAUCAGGAAGAAGAGGAAUCAGUAGCUUCUUCAAUUGGUACUAUUUCACUUACACAUUUGCUGUUAUGGUCUCAUUGACUGUCAUUGUGUAUGUUCAAACAAGUGUCAGUUGGUCAUUGGGAUUAGCAAUCCCAACAAUUAUGAUGUUCCUUUCUUGUGCACUUUUCUUUGUGGGUACUAAAAUUUAUGUCAGGCAUGUGCCAAAAGGUAGUCCUUUAUCAAGUGUGGCACAGGUCUUAGUGGCUGCAUUCAAGAAAAGGCACUUGCAGCUGCCAGAGCAACCAUGUUACUCCCUAUUCAACUAUGUGCCUUCCAAUUCCUUGAGUUCUUUGCUUCCUUACACUGAUCAGUUUAGAUUCUUGAGUAAAGCAGCAGUAAAAACACCAGAAGACCAAAUAAACUCAUCAAAUGGAUCAGCAGUCGAUCCAUGGAGGCUUUAUAGCAUUCAACAAGUGGAAGAAGUGAAAUGCUUACUAAGAGUAAUCCCAAUAUGGGUUGCUGGAACUAUCUAUUAUGUCUCUAUUGUUCAAUCACAAAAUUAUGUCAUCUUCCAAGCCUUACAAAGUGACAAUCAACUAGACCACAACAAUUUCCACAUCCCACCAGCAUCUUUCAUAGUCAUUUCCAUGCUCAGCAUAACCAUUUGGUUACCAAUAUAUGACCGCGUUUUACUUCCAUGGCUUCGGAAAUUCACAGGGAAAGAAGAUGGUUUCAGCCUUCUCCAGAAAAUGGGAAUUGGAAUAUUUCUAUCGAUCGUAACAAUGAUCAUAUCAGGGAUUGUUGAAGACAGGAGAAGAACCCUAACAAUGACUAGGCCAAUGCUACAAAUGACUCGAGAGAAAGGUGUAAUUUCAUCUAUGUCAGGACUAUGGCUAAUACCUCAGAUGGCAUUAUCAGGUCUUUCUGAGGCAUUUGCAUUAAUCAGCGAGAACGAGUUCUUCUACAAACAAUGUCCUGAAAACAUGAGGAGCAUCGCGGCGUCUUUCUUCUUUGUUGGAUUGGCAGGGUCAAGUUAUUUGAGCAGUUUCUUUUCAUCAGUAGUUCAUAAAACAUCAAAUUGGUUGGCUGAGGAUCUUAACAAAGGGAAAUUAAACUGUUUUUAUUACCUCAUUGCUGCAUUAGAGAUUCUGAAUUUGGGAUAUUUUCUUGUAUGUGCAAAAUGGUACAAGUACAAAGGAGUGGCAAUGUGAAACAAAAUUACAUUGUGUAAUUUUUAGUCAGCAGAAAUAGUAUGGUAAGUUGUGGCUACAGUGUAAGCUCUAGUUGUUCAUGAUUUAAUACUAAUGCUUUGUUAGAACCCAAAAUAGAAAGUAAGACAUCUAUUAUGGUUACUCAACUUUUUUUUUAUUGCAUCGAAGUCACUAAGCUAUUUUUGAAACCAAA